GAGGACACUUUUGGAGAGAUAAGCAACCUUGCAAAAGGCUUAAGUUACCUUAUCGGUCUGGGCUCCGAGAACCGCAGAAACUUCGAGCCGGGACCUUGCAGAUGCACUUCCGCGGCAUACAAGCUUUAUGGAGAUAAGUAACCUUGUCAAGGAACAACUUACGAUUGCCUUAUCACUGAAACGUGAUCGAUAGACCUGGUAGACGGGCGACGAAUGCCCGCACGGGUCAUUGCCAAAUAAGCAGUAAUAUUGAAGACUUAUCUUGUCUGUUGAUUGCCUUCCAUCCGGAACAUGUCGGUCCUUUGAUGGUCAGCCCUCUGCAUGCAGCCUGCUACGAGAGUCCGGAAGGUAUUGGUAUAAUGUCUCGGAUGACAGUCGAAGGGCAACGGGAGGGCACAGGGCCCAAGUUCAGAAGGGCAUCUAUUGCCUGCAAGCGGUGCCGUCAGCUACGUAUCAAGUGCGAGCAUAGCGAUGCCAAUCCACCCUGCAGACGAUGUCGUCUCGCUGGGUCCGAGGUCGAAGCUCGAUGCACGUUUCGAUCAAGAGCUGACAAAGAACCAUGUCAAGAGCCACCACCGAGGAACACGGCUCGUGCGGACAAACGUCGCUCCAUUGCCACCUCACCGUCAAAGUCUCAGCCGCUCAACACCGUGGUUGGGGAUGAUGUGGACUUGGCUAUCCACCAACCAAGCGACCAUGAUUUUAGACCAUCGUGGUCAGAGCUACUGCGCGGUCCUACACAUAAUGACCUACCUCCGUUCGAUGAAGUGGUAGAGGGUUGCAAAGUGUUCACUUCCUCAUAUUACCAACUUGGAUUUAUCGCUAAGGCACUCUUCAUGGAACGUCUUGCGAACGGGCAACAAACGUCAGAUUUGUUCUACUAUGCGAGCAUCCUCAGUGUUUCUGCGCGCCUAACCCCGUGCCUGGUCCGACGCUAUGGCAGUGGUGCAAAGGCUACGGAGCACUUCGUUGGGCUGGCAAUCGCCUCGGGUCUUUCGAAGAUCUACACUCCAUCAGUUGAGAACUGCCAGGCGUUCUUUAUGUUAGCACUGGCAGAGUGGGGAAGCGGUGACAAAAGCAGAAGCAGUAUGAAUAUGGGUGUUGCCGUACGAAUGGCGGGAACUCUCGGCCUCCACCUCGAGGAGACCUACACACUCUCUGCUGAUGCAACGGGACAUGCCGUCAUAGACGCAGAAGUCGCUCGACGGACCUUCUGGAUCAUUCAAGGUCAGGAGUGUUUGCAUGCAGGGCCUGGAGCGAUCUCCUCUUUCUCGCUGCAGGACAUUACAGCGCUCUUGCCCUGCGACGAACGGGAUUUCGCAUUUGGAAUCGCCAGUUGCGCACGUGCAGCACUCGAUGGAACGGCACCAGCACAAAGUGAUGCGGCACUUUGCAGCCACUCAUCAAGAUCUCUCUUUGCAGCCCUCAUUCAGGUCCAGAAUCUUUGGAGUGAAGUAGCACGAUACCCAUGUUCUGGCUACAAUGCUGAAAGAGACCUUCCCUGGAACCCGCAAAGCUAUUAUUACAAGCUAUCCUCGACACUUCGAGAUUGGGAAAGAGGUCUGGCACCGCAGCAUCGUUGGUCUGUAUGGAAUUUGCGAGGCUACAAGGUAGAAGGCCUCCACCUGGGAUAUUUAUCUCUUGUGAUGGUGUUGCGGCUUUGCAAUAUAGUGAUAAGGCGCUGGUACCUGAAAGAAAUAAUCAGUGCCCUUGUCGAUAGUCCCGUUGAUGUCGGCUCAGCCGCUCAAAGACACUGGGCAAAGCUUUCUGAGGAAUUGUUUCACAAUGUCUUUGAGCUCGAUGAGCAAAUCACUGCUUUCAACUCUCUUCGGGGGCCUCAUGAGGGGUCUCCCACAGAAAUCGUCUUCUGUGUAUACAUGUGUGGGUCCCUGGCUACACAUCUUCGAACAAAACCAUUACUUUGUCCUGAGCUUGCAACAUCUUCUGAAGCAGUAUUCAGUCAUUCCAUGGAGCUGCUAAAGCAGAUUCAGUAUGACUGGCCUGUGGCACAAAGAUGGUACAAAUCCUUACGUGCCAUGCGAAAAAAGCCAAGCAGUCCAAGGAAGGAAGCAACAGCUGCCGCACCUCCGUCAAGUGAUCGAGAUCAGAUGCCCCAGGAUAGCACGGUGUGGGAACAGUUGAAUGAGUCCCUGCCCCUAUCCGUCCCACGAAGAGCAUCUCAGCCUGGUGCACCACGGGACAGUGAACAGGGGCCUGUCUCGCAUGCCAGAGCACAAACAGAUGACCAGACAUCGAACGUUCCCGAGAUUUUAAAUGUCAUCAGGCAUUUGAGUGUGGAGACCCUGGACGUUUCCUCCAGUAUGGCACCCUUGUCCAUUUCGGCGCCGACGAGCAGCUCUGGUCUCGAAGGCGGUGGCCACUCGAACCUUCACCAAUACUCUUUUCAAGCGGCGAUGCAGUAUCCGAACCUUGCCUGCUUCGAUCCCAAUCUCCUCGACACACUUUCUUACUCCGAAGAUCAAUUCUCAAGUAUGCCUGACCACUGGUUCAUGAGCAUGAAUUCGUGAUGAUACAUGCCUUCAGAAUUGGACGAAGUGGAACUCUAGACUGAUGUCUACGGUGCCUUGUACAGGAGCAAGAUUCCCCUGGACGUUUGUUGCUUUUCGAAUGGAUGCUAGACGAAAGAGACCACUGUCAAAGACCAACCAUCAAGCCCGUUAGGACUGGUUUUGUCCAUAAGACGUAGUAGGAAACAGUCACAAGAAUCUGAAAUGCACAAUUAGCAUUUGCUUCGCGGCUACGCACGAGACGCCCGGCUGGAUGUCUCUCCAUGCUUGGGACUAAUCGAUCAUCGCAGGUCUUAAAGGGUUACCCUAGUCAGUCGUCUCGGUAGGGUUAUCCAUGACCGGAAAACAUCAGCUUUCGAGCUUCUGAGGUCACAGUGAACGGAGGAACUUUCGUAGAAGAGUAUCUAAAUCAAUGCGUCAUGAACUGAACCAGG